UACUUUUCUUCCUCUCAUUGCACAAAAACAGGCAUCUUUGGGGAGUGCUGCAGAAGGGUUUUCAGAGCCAUGGCACAUAAUUUGGCUGCUGUUUCAUUCCACUUUCCACAGCUUAUUAUCAACCGGAAAUGCCAUCAGAAAAGGCAUUGUUUUAGAAGCUUUGCAGUGAAGAACAACAACAAUAAUCAUCAAAACCCACCAAUUUUCUCUCUUAGAUUCUCCACUUUUCAUCCACUUUUUGAGUCUCCUCAUGCUUCGUUUGAUGAGUAUAUUGGAGACGAAGAUCGAUUGUUGAGAGCUACUUUUUCGGGAAAAAGUGAAAAAUUAAGCAAGGGUGAAUGGAGAGUCGAAAUGCCAUCUUUUCAAUUGCUAUUCCUCAAGCUUAGCCCUGUAGUUGACGUGAGACUAAGUUGCAGAAGCUCCGCCAAAGAUUACCCUAUUCAUAUUCCUCGCCAUGUCGCUAAAUUUCUUGACCUUCAAAUGAUGAGAUGGGAGGUGAGGGGAAUGGGCAAAGAUUUCAAACCGCAAAUGUUCAGAAUCAGUGUAAAAGGAGCGACGUAUGCCGUUAGAACAGAAUCAGAAUCAAAAAGUGUGCUGAGAAAUCAUUUGAUUCUCGAUCUUCACAGCUUUGAUUCGCCCAUACCCACUGAUUUUCUUCAGCCAUUUGCAGAAAAGGGAUUGGAGGGAAUGAUGAAGGAAAGUAUGAGAGAUUUUACACAAAAUUUGGUUUUGGAUUACACCAAAUACAAGAAGGAGAAGCAAAGCAAGAAUGCCUAAUAUCUCUUACAUUUUUUUUAU